CCCAAAUAAAAAGGUCCAAAACUGCUCUAUGAAGCAUUUUCUCCUGCAAGAGUGCUUGAUAUAUUUUGUUCUUUAGACACAUAUAUACAUACUACCAAUGGCUCGAUCUGGCAGUGUCAAUUUUAAAAAUGUCUUUUUCGAAAGUAGCGGAUCAUCUGUUCCUAGUUCCAUCUAUAGAACAUCAUCCAUUAAGAAAACCCGAACACCUAGUGUCUAUGGAGGAGCAGGUGGCUCCGGCACCAGAAUUUCAUUUGGCAGUAACUACAGCAAUACCCCUGGCAGUAAUUUGCUACGCAGCACUUCCAUAAAUGAACUGCUGCUUACUAGCAAUGAAAAAACUACCAUGCAGAAUCUGAAUGACCGUUUGGCUGCGUACCUGGAAAAGGUACACUCCUUAGAAACAUCAAACUCUGUUUUUGAAAAGCAGAUUCGGGAAUGGUAUGAAAAGACUUCCCCUAUUGCUAAGCAAGACUAUAAUGCCUUCUUUAAAGUAAUCAAAGAACUUCAAGAUAAGAUUACCAAAGCCCGAAUAGAUAACACCAGGAUCAUAUUGCAAAUUGACAAUUCCAAGUUGGCUGCUGAUGAUUUCAGAGUAAAGUAUGAAACUGAGUUGAGCUUGCGACUAAAUGUGGAAAAUGACAUCAUGGGAUUACAGGGACUAAUUGAUGAGCUCACACUAGUUAGGACUGAUUUGGAGCACCAAAUUGAAAGUCUGAAAGAAGAACUGGCUUACCUCAAGAAACAGCAUGAGGAGGAAACAGCAAGAUUACGUGGACAGCUGAGUGGGGAUGUUUCUGUGGAGCUAGAUGCUGCUCCAGGCAUUGAUUUGGGCCAAGUGAUGGAAAACAUGCGCCAGCAAUAUGAAAUCCUGGCUGAAAAGAACCGUCAAGAAGCUAAGAAUCAAUUUGAUAAACUGAUUGAACAAUUGAAUGUAGAAGUCACCACAACUACCCAUCAACUUGAAACACACAGAAGUGAGAUUACAGACCGGAGGAAUACACUCCAAAGUCUGGAGAUUGAACUCCAAUCUCAAUUGAGCUGGAAAACUGAAAGAGAGAAUGCAGUGGCAGAAAUUGAAACUCAUUACAGAACUAUAUUGACUCAAAUUCAAAUGGCCAUUGGAAACAUUGAGGCCCAACUGAUGCAGCUGCGGAGUGACAUGGAGCAACAGAGUCUGGAAUACAGCAUCCUCUUGGACAUUAAAGUCAAGCUAGAAGUAGAGAUUGAUACUUAUCGCCGUCUCCUGGAAGGGGAGAGUUGGAGAAUGAUUGCUUCAGAUUUGGAGACAAACAAAGAAGCUGAAAAAGAAAAGAAUAAAACUUUGAGGAUCAAGACUGUGGUCGAAGAGAUGGUGGAUGGAAAAGUAGUAUCCUCCCAAGUUAAUGAGAGAGAAGAGAAGAUUUAGAAUCAGCCAUGAAAUAAAUGGCAUGUUAUGUUCGUAAUGACAAAAAGGAAGAAAAAAUAUUUCAAAAAUUAUCUUCCUGAAGAAAAAGAAAAUUCUUUGCUGUCACUUUGAAAUGAUCAUCUCCAAUCAACUAUUCUCCUAAUUUCUACCAUAAGUGGGGGGCAAAAAAGGUUAAUUUAAAAAGAGAAAUCUGCUCUAAAAGGAUGAUUUCAAUCGUGUUAAUUAUACAUACGGUAAUUUCUUAUUUUCUACUUUAAUUAAAAGAACAGAAAGCUC